AUGCAGGAGGCAGGGCGAAAGCUCGUCUUAGCGGCCCGUGACGGGGAACUUCGAGACUGCAAGGAGCUGCUGAAGCUGCUGCCGGCAAUCGACUUUGCAGAACCGCCGCUGACGCGGACAGCAUUUUGGCAUGCCGCAUGGAAAGGUCAUGAGUCCGUCUGCCGUCUGCUGCUUGAAAAAGGUGCUGCCAUCAACCACCAAGACUUCGAAGGCAGGACACCUUUACACGAGGCAGCCUACCAUGGCCACGCACACAUCGUCAAGUUCUUGCUCGAGAAUGACGCGGCCAUUGACAUGCCCGAUGCGGCCGGAGAGACUCCGUUGAUGCGGGCGGUUCGUGGUAGACGAAUCGAGGUUGUCGAAAUUCUCUUGAAAAAUGGAGCGAAGACCAACAUCGUCACACCGGACGAGCUGACCUCCUUCCACCUGGCAGCCUUUGAGGGGCAACCCGAGCUCGCCAAGUGCCUCUUCUACAGAGGGUCCUGGCGGAACCGUUUUUCUCUCCAAGAGAGGAUCGAGGCCGGACGGGUUAGACAGUCGUUGGCUGACCAGUCAUCGCUUUCCGACUCGCAAGCCACACUGGAAGGCAAUGGCGUUGCCGAAGCGACAGACGCGGCCGACGAUCCCGUUGAGACGGAGAGUUUGGAGGAAGUGCCGACUCCCCAACCGGAGAUAGACGAAGAAAAAGAGCAAGAUGCAGUUCCUUCUGAAGCCUCAAGUCCGCGUUCUUCGUGCUUCGGAGCUUUCGACGACCCAUUAAGGAACGGCGAAGACGAAUUUGCACAAAGGUCAAUUCACUCUGAAGACUCUUUCGAUAACGAUGUCCCAGAGGUGGAAGCAAAGAAAGACAUCGUGGCCUCCGGAGUAGAAUCGGAAGAAGGAGAAACAGAGGAUACCAGAGACCCCCGGGCUAGGAUUGAGCCGGAAAGCAGUGAAGAUGGGGACAGAGAAGACGCCGUAGCCAUGGACUAA